UUGACUGUAGGAGCUCGGACCUUGCUCGCAACUUUAGCAGCUAACUUUGUAUUUUGUGUUGACAGUACAGUUGGUCAGCGUGUGUUGGUGUGAUGGACCGCUGGAAGGGCAGAGUGGCUCUAGUGACCGGAGCCUCGGUCGGGAUCGGGGCAGCCAUCGUUAAAGAGUUAGUCCGGUACGGGAUGAAGGUAGUGGGCUGCGCUAGGGACCUGGAGAAAAUGCAGAAACUGGCAGCUGAGUGUCAAAGUGAAGGCCACAGUGGUGUUUUGGUGCCUUUCAAGUGCGACUUGAACAGUGAGGAGGAGAUUCUAUUCAUGUUCUCUGCCAUCAAAGCCCAGCACAAGGGCGUGGAUGUGUGCAUCAACAACGCUGGCUUGGCUCAUCCUGAAUCACUGUUAGGUGGCAAAACCAGUGGCUGGAAGAACAUGCUGGAUGUGAAUGUCCUUGCAUUGUCUAUAUGCACACGUGAAGCAUAUCAGUCAAUGAAAGAAAGAAAUGUUGAUGACGGACACAUCAUAAACAUAAACAGCAUGAGCGGGCACCGUGUGGUUCAUAGCACUGAUGUGCAUUUCUACAGCGCCACCAAGUUCGCUGUGACUGCCCUGACAGAGGGCGUGAGGCAGGAGCUGCGUGAGGCCAACACUCACAUAAGAGCCACAUGUAUAUCUCCUGGUGUAGUGAAGACAGAAUUUGCUCCGCGGCUCUACAGCCAGAACACUGAUAAAGCUGCUGGUGCUUACACAAAAUUUAAGCCUUUGGAAGCUAUAGAUGUAGCAAAUGCUGUUACAUACGUUCUUGGCGCCCCUCCACAUGUGCAGAUUGGAGACAUUCAGAUGCGACCUGUGGAGCAGGUGUUGUAACCAAGGCACCAUGUGACAAAUUAAUUUGUGUACUGAUGCAUUCAUCAUCUGACUAGUUGACUACAAUUAGUGUGAAACACUACUUUAUCUGAUCAUGUUCAAACUUUUGCUAUGAAGUUUGCAAUCUGGUACUUAAAGAAUAAAUAUCUUGAUUUGGAGAUGAUUUGUUUAACAGAAUUUUGAUUUCCAGCCAGGCAGUAAACAAAUACUGUAGUGAUGACAAUUACAACAACAUACAGUCACCAACAUAUAUAAAUAUUAAGAAUAUAAAGACUAUAAAAAUAUCAAAACAUUU